AUGGUCAACACGACGGCGAAUAUCAAGAUCGAAGUUGGUGAGCCGCAUUCGAUUGUAUUUGACGAUGCAGCAGCCACGUUCCACGUGAAUGAAUCCGCUCCGCUUGGUUACGUGAUCGGAAAAGUGUCGGCUAGCGCAUUGUACAAACAGGAUGAGAAAAAUAUUAGGUACUAUUUGGAAAUGAGAGAUAAUGCGACGGUGCCCUUUGAAGUGUCCGAGAAGACUGGAGUGUUACGGGUGGCCCAGCUACUAGAUUAUGAAAAACAAAGGGAAUAUAGCUUCAAUAUACUAGGAAAGAGCUCCAUAGUUGUGACAGUAUCCAUAAAAGAUUCGAAUGACCAUUCACCGGUUUGGGCUGCCAAGUGGAGUCGCCAAGGCCCAGUGGUUGUCGUCCCUAAUGGUACUACCGUUGGCACAGUUCUUCUGAAGGUUGACGCCGUCGAUUUGGAUUCCGGCGAGAAUGCGCGCAUAGGCUAUAAAUUAUCGUCGGAUUCUCAAGUGCCGUUUGCUGUCAACUUUGAAACUGGAGAGAUCUCAUUGUCGGCUCCUUUGAAAGCGGGCGAUAAUGAAUGGAGUGUGGCUGUAUGGGCAGUGGAUGCUGGGCGACCUUUACCAAGAUCGACGGUGUUAAAUCUAGUUUUUUAUCGGAACGGAACGAAGGCAAUCUCAGCCAUUUCGGCCACGGAUUCGGACGUUGGCUACGGUGGUCUGGUUCGUUAUUCGUUGUGGGACGACUACUUCUCUAUCGACUCUAAUACUGGAGUUAUAAGAGUAGCCGGCGAUCUCAGUGAGCUACUACCACCCGGUGCAGCAUCGGUGCCUCACAACUUGGAAGUUUGGGCUUCCGAUGAAGGAUCACCUAGUAAAAGCUCAAAAACGACUAUCAAAAUCGUAAUCAGAGACGUCAAUAACAAUGCCCCUCAGUUUGAAGAGGUUCCAUUGGUAUCGCAUACGGGUCAGCGAGGACACCAAAGUAGGUACGGCUCUCCCGAGCUGACAGCGACCCGCUUGAUGAACGGAACGAGAAUGGAAGAGUUGAUAUCGGUUAGCUGGAGGACAUGGAGACUAUGUGCGAGCUAUGCGGUGAUCGCAUUUGAUCCACGGUUCGCCGUCACAAAUCUCGGCCGUAAAUCUGACGAUCGAGGUGGACGAUGUCAACGAUAA